CCAGCAGGUUCCCGGGCAGCCAGUGGGCGGGAAUGAACAUGGUCUUCGACCAACUGCUUUCUGCUAGCUGGCCUCCUGAUGUCUCAAGGUCCAACCGAAAGCGGUUUCGUAAAGCUGGGCUGUGCCAUUGUCCUCAGACGUUACCAGCAGGUCUCCCGCGUAAUGUCGGACACAGACAGCGACGAAGAUUCUGCUGUAGGAGGACCGUUUUCUCUAGCCGGGUUCCUGUUCGGCAACAUCAAUGGAGCUGGGCAGCUGGAAGGGGAAAGCGUCUUGGAUGAUGAGUGUAAGAAGCACCUGGCAGGCUUGGGGGCUUUGGGUCUGGGCAGCCUGAUCACUGAACUCACGGCAAAUGAAGAAUUGACGGGGACUGAUUGUUCCUUGAUAAAUGAUGAAGGAUGGAUUAGGAGUACAGAAGAUGCUGUGGACUAUUCUGACAUCACUGAGGUGGCAGAAGAUGAAAGUCGAAGAUAUCAGCAGACAAUGGGUAGCUUGCAACCCCUUUGUCAGUCAGAUUAUGAUGAAGAUGACUAUGAUGCUGAUUGUGAAGACAUUGAUUGCAAGUUGAUGCCUCCCCCACCUCCACCCCCAGGACCAACCAAGAAAGAGAAGGAUCAAGAUGGUAUUACUGGUGUGUCUGAAAAUGGAGAAGGCAUCAUCUUGCCCUCCAUCAUUGCCCCUUCCUCUUUGGCCUCAGAGAAAGUGGACUUCAGUAGUUCCUCUGACUCAGAAUCUGAGAUGGGACCGCAGGAAGCAGCACAGGCAGAAUCUGAGGAUGGAAAGCUGACUCUACCAUUGGCUGGUAUUAUGCAGCAUGAUGCAACCAAGCUGUUGCCGAGUGUCACAGAACUUUUUCCAGAAUUUCGGCCUGGAAAGGUGUUACGGUUUUUACGUCUUUUUGGACCUGGGAAGAAUGUCCCAUCUGUUUGGAGGAGUGCUCGGAGAAAGAGGAAAAAGAAGCACCGUGAACUUGUACCGGAAGAGCAGAUCCAGGAAGUGGAGUGCUCAGUAGAAUUAGAAGUCAGCCAGAAAUCUUUGUGGAACUAUGACUACGCUCCGCCACCUCCUCCAGAGCAGUGUCUCUCUGAUGACGAAAUCACAAUGAUGGCUCCUGUGGAGUCCAAAUUUUCCCAGUCAACUGGAGAUACAGAUAAAGUGAUGGACAACAAACCAAGAGUGGCUGAGUGGCGUUAUGGACCUGCUCGACUGUGGUAUGAUAUGCUCGGUGUCCCUGAAGAUGGCAGUGGGUUUGACUAUGGCUUCAAAAUGAGGAAGACUGAACAUGAGCCUGUGACAAAAUGCAAAACGAUAAAGAAAUUCAGGACACUUGAGGAAAGCAAUAGUGUUGAUCUUCUGGCAGAUGAAAAUUUCCUAAUGGUGACACAACUGCACUGGGAAGAUGAUAUCAUCUGGGAUGGGGAGGAUGUCAAACACAAAGGAACAAAACCCCAGCGUGCAAGUUUGGCAGGAUGGCUUCCUUCCAGUAUGACAAGGAAUGCCAUGGCAUAUAAUGUUCAACAAGGUUUUGCAGCUACUCUGGAUGAUGAUAAACCUUGGUACUCCAUUUUCCCCAUUGAUAACGAAGAUCUGGUAUAUGGACGCUGGGAGGACAAUAUCAUUUGGGACGCUCAGGCCAUGCCCCGGCUUUUGGAGCCUCCUGUUUUGACACUUGAUCCUAAUGAUGAAAACCUGAUUUUGGAGAUUCCUGAUGAGAAGGAAGAAGCUACAUCUAAUUCUCCUUCCAAGGAGAAUAAGAAAGAAUCAUCUCUGAAGAAGAGUCGAAUUCUCUUAGGAAAAACAGGAGUUAUCAAGGAAGAGCCACAGCAGAACAUGUCUCAGCCAGAAGUGAAAGAUCCAUGGAAUCUCUCAAAUGAUGAGUAUUACUAUCCCAAGCAGCAGGGGCUUCGAGGUACUUUUGGAGGGAAUAUUAUCCAGCACUCAAUUCCAGCUGUAGAACUACGACAGCCCUUCUUUCCCACCCACAUGGGACCCAUCAAACUCCGGCAGUUCCAUCGCCCACCUCUAAAAAAGUACUCCUUUGGGGCACUAUCUCAGCCAGGUUCACACUCAGUUCAGCCUUUGCUAAAGCACAUCAAAAAGAAGGCAAAGAUGAGGGAACAAGAGAGGCAAGCCUCAGGUGGUGGAGAAAUGUUUUUUAUGCGCACACCUCAUGACCUCACAGGCAAAGAUGGAGACCUUAUUCUUGCAGAAUACAGUGAGGAAAAUGGGCCAUUAAUGAUGCAAGUUGGCAUGGCAACCAAGAUAAAAAAUUACUAUAAACGGAAACCUGGAAAAGAUCCUGGAGCCCCAGAUUGCAAGUAUGGGGAGACUGUUUACUGCCAUACAUCUCCUUUCCUGGGCUCUCUCCAUCCUGGCCAGUUACUACAGGCAUUUGAGAACAACCUUUUUCGUGCUCCAAUUUAUCUUCAUAAGGUGCCAGAAACUGAUUUCCUGAUCAUCCGAACAAGACAGGGCUACUAUAUUCGGGAACUAGUGGAUAUUUUUGUGGUUGGCCAGCAGUGUCCCUUGUUUGAAGUUCCUGGUCCUAAUUCCAAAAGGGCCAAUACACACAUUCGAGAUUUUCUGCAGGUUUUUAUUUAUCGCCUCUUUUGGAAGAGUAGAGAUAGACCACGGCGAAUCCGAAUGGAGGAUAUAAAGAAAGCCUUUCCUUCACAUUCUGAAAGCAGCAUCCGCAAGAGGCUAAAGCUCUGCGCUGACUUCAAACGUACAGGGAUGGAUUCAAACUGGUGGGUCCUGAAAUCUGAUUUUCGUUUACCAACGGAAGAGGAGAUCAGAGCUAUGGUAUCACCAGAGCAGUGCUGUGCUUAUUAUAGCAUGAUAGCUGCAGAGCAGAGACUAAAGGAUGCUGGCUAUGGAGAGAAAUCCUUCUUUGCUCCUGAAGAAGAAAAUGAAGAAGAUUUUCAGAUGAAGAUUGAUGAUGAAGUUCGCACUGCUCCUUGGAAUACCACGAGAGCUUUUAUUGCUGCUAUGAAAGGCAAAUGUCUCCUUGAGGUCACUGGAGUGGCAGAUCCUACAGGCUGUGGUGAAGGAUUCUCAUAUGUGAAGAUUCCCAACAAACCAACACAGCAGAAGGAUGAUAAGGAGCCUCAGCCAGUAAAGAAGACAGUCACAGGAACGGAUGCAGACCUUCGUCGCCUGUCCCUGAAAAAUGCCAAGCAACUUCUUCGUAAAUUUGGUGUGCCUGAGGAAGAGAUUAAAAAGUUGUCCCGUUGGGAAGUUAUUGAUGUGGUACGCACAAUGUCAACAGAACAGGCCCGUUCUGGAGAGGGGCCCAUGAGUAAAUUUGCCCGUGGAUCAAGGUUUUCUGUAGCUGAGCAUCAAGAGCGUUACAAAGAGGAAUGUCAACGCAUCUUUGACCUACAGAACAAGGUUUUGUCAUCAACUGAAGUCUUAUCUACUGACACAGACAGCAGCUCAGCUGAAGACAGUGACUUUGAAGAAAUGGGAAAGAACAUUGAGAACAUGUUGCAGAAUAAGAAAACCAGCUCUCAGCUGUCUCGUGAACGGGAGGAACAGGAGCGAAAGGAACUACAGCGGAUGCUACUGGCAGCAGGCUCAGCAGCAUCAGGAAACAAUCACAGAGAUGAUGACACAGCUUCUGUGACUAGCCUUAACUCCUCUGCCACUGGCCGGUGUCUCAAAAUUUAUCGAACAUUUCGAGAUGAAGAGGGAAAGGAGUAUGUUCGCUGUGAGACAGUCCGGAAACCAGCAGUUAUUGAUGCCUAUGUGCGCAUACGGACCACAAAAGAUGAGGAAUUCAUUCGAAAAUUUGCCCUUUUUGAUGAACAGCAUCGAGAAGAGAUGCGAAAAGAACGGCGCAGAAUUCAAGAACAGUUGAGGAGACUUAAACGGAACCAGGAAAAGGAGAAGCUUAAGGGUCCUCCUGAGAAAAAACCCAAAAAAAUGAAGGAACGCCCUGACCUAAAACUGAAAUGUGGAGCAUGUGGUGCCAUAGGGCACAUGAGGACAAACAAAUUCUGCCCCCUUUAUUACCAAACAAAUGCUCCACCUUCCAACCCUGUUGCCAUGACAGAGGAACAGGAGGAGGAGCUGGAAAAGACAGUCAUUCAUAAUGAUAAUGAAGAACUUAUCAAGGUUGAAGGGACCAAGAUUGUCUUGGGAAAACAACUAAUUGAGAGUGCGGAUGAAGUUCGGAGAAAGUCUUUGGUCUUGAAAUUCCCUAAACAGCAACUUCCUCCCAAGAAGAAACGCCGUGUUGGAACCACUGUUCACUGUGACUAUUUGAAUAGACCUCAUAAGUCUAUCCAUCGGCGCCGGACAGACCCUAUGGUGACACUGUCAUCUAUCUUGGAGUCUAUCAUCAAUGAGAUGAGGGAUCUUCCAAAUACAUACCCUUUCCACACCCCAGUCAAUGCAAAGGUUGUAAAGGACUACUACAAAAUCAUCACUCGACCAAUGGACCUACAAACACUCAGGGAAAAUGUGCGCAAACGCCUCUAUCCAUCUCGGGAAGAAUUCAGAGAGCAUUUGGAACUAAUUGUGAAAAAUAGUGCAACCUAUAAUGGGCCCAAACACUCACUGACUCAGAUUUCUCAGUCCAUGCUGGAUCUCUGUGAUGAAAAACUCAAAGAGAAAGAAGAUAAAUUGGCUCGUUUAGAAAAAGCUAUCAACCCCUUGCUUGAUGAUGAUGACCAAGUGGCAUUUUCUUUUAUUCUGGAUAACAUUGUCACUCAAAAAAUGAUGGCAGUUCCAGAUUCUUGGCCAUUUCAUCAUCCAGUUAAUAAGAAAUUUGUUCCGGAUUAUUACAAAGUGAUUGUCAAUCCAAUGGAUUUGGAGUCUAUACGUAAGAAUAUCUCCAAGCACAAGUACCAGAGUCGAGAGAGCUUUCUAGAUGAUGUAAACCUUAUUCUUGCCAACAGUGUUAAGUACAAUGGGCCUGAAAGUCAGUAUACGAAGACUGCUCAGGAGAUUGUGAAUGUCUGUUACCAGACAUUAACCGAGUAUGAUGAACAUUUGACUCAACUAGAGAAAGAUAUUUGUACAGCUAAAGAAGCAGCUUUGGAGGAAGCAGAGUUAGAAAGCCUGGACCCAAUGACACCAGGACCUUACACACCUCAGGCUAAGCCUCCUGAUUUGUAUGAUAACGGCACAUCCCUCAGUAUUUCCCGAGAUGCCUCUGUCUUUCAAGAUGAGAGCAAUAUGUCUGUCUUGGAUAUUGCCAACGCUGCUUCAGAAAAGCAGGUAACACAGAUGUGCCAGGGCCGAGGUAGGCUUGGCGAGGAAGACUCUGAUGUAGAUAUUGAAGGGUAUGAUGAUGAGGAGGAUGGGAAACCUAAGACUCCAGCCCCAGAAGGUGAAGAUGGAGAUGGUGAUCUUGCAGAUGAAGAGGAAGGAACUGUACAACAGACUCAAGCCAGUGUCCUAUAUGAGGAUUUGCUUAUGUCGGAAGGAGAAGAUGAUGAGGAAGAUGCUGGGAGUGAUGAAGAAGGAGAUAACCCUUUCUCUGCUAUUCAGCUGAGUGAAAGUGGAAGUGACUCUGAUGUGGGAUCUGGUGGUUUAAGACCCAAACAACCCCGAGUGCUUCAGGAGAGCACAAGGAUGGGCAUGGAAAAUGAAGAAACCAUGAUGUCCUAUGAGGGAGAUGGUGGGGAGGCUUCACGUGGUUUGGAGGAUAGCAACAUCAGUUAUGGGAGUUAUGAGGAGCCUGAUCCCAAGUCAAACACUCAAGACACAAGCUUCAGCAGCAUCGGUGGGUAUGAGGUUUCAGAGGAAGAAGAAGAUGAGGAAGAAGAACAACGCUCUGGGCCGAGUGUCUUAAACCAGGUCCAUCUGUCAGAGGAUGAGGAGGACAGUGAGGAUUUCCACUCCAUUGCUGGGGACAGUGACUUGGACUCUGAUGAAUGAGGCUUCCUUUGGGCCUCCUUGGUCUGCCUUCCCUGUUUUCUGUUUUCCAUCCUAAGUGGCUUCCUUUCCCCAACUUAUUUAUAUUUGUACAGUGUCUGAUCAUGUAAUUACCAGAUUAACACCUUAGCUUUGAGAAUAAUAAUAAUAAUAAUAAUAAUUCCCCCAACCUUUACCAGAAAGAGAGAGCAAACACUUUUCUCCAAUUCUCUCCUGUAAUGCCAUUUAUUCCUCUUGGUAUAUAAUUUUUCCCUGGGAAAGAAGCAAAAUUAUGAAAGGACUAAUGACUUUUUGUCCUUCUGAUACAUUAGAAAUCUAGUCAUGACACCAUUUCACUUUCUAAUUUGCAGGCUGGAAUAGGUGAGAACCAGCCCCCUGCUGGAACAGAGAAUUAGGUGCUGAUGGGCUCUGUGCCACGCUUAAAAAGCAAAUCUAUUGGAUAUCUGCCUGUUAAUGUAUUAUUUAUUUGGAUGUACAAUCCCUUGUUCCUAAAAGGAAUAGAGAGACGUGGCUGUGUACCUUUGAAACAGCCUGUGUGUCAGCAAUGAUAUGUUGCCAUGUGAAUUUGCUUUCCACCCCCCUAGGAGAACUGUUAGGAAAAUGGUUCCUUAGGACAGAGACUGUCUUGUUUCUUUUUAUACUUAGGAUAUAGUUCUGUGCUAAGUAGGUAAAUGUUCUUAAAUCAUGCAAUCUCAACAGAUACAGUACUGAGUAUCUGCCCCAUGCUGAGCACUCUUAUCAGGUCCUUGGGAUGCAAAGGCAAUAAAAGAGCUCACCAUCAAGUUGGGGGAGAUGGGUGUAGAAUUCAAAACAUGUUAAUAAAUCAUUAUAGGACUGUGAAACAAACGAAGAAGUAAGCUGUAACUGGGUGUGGUGGUGCAAGCCUUUAAUUCCAGCGCUCAGGAGGCAGAGAUGGGUAGAUCAUUGAGAGUUGGAUGCCAGCCUGGUCUCAGUAGUAAGUAAGCUGUAAAGUAUAAGGGAAAAGUAGAGAAAAAAUCAUGUAUGAAAGCCAGGGAAGGCUUCUGAUUUGUUUUAGGAAUUUUCUGUAUUAUCGAAUGAGGACAAACGAAAGAAUCAUGUAAUAGACAUCUAUGAUCCCACUUUUGUAGAAGACACAAUUAUGGAUCUAUAAUUAUAUGUGUUUAUAUAUGUAUGUACAAAGGAAAAAAUGUGAAAGGAUAUAUGUUAAAUUGUUCACAGUGAUAACCUCUGAGGAAUGAGGAUGGAGAGAAGUGGUUGAUGUGGUUUAUGUAUAGUGGGUGGUGGGUAUUGUGUUUUUAUUUCUGUAUUGUUUGGUUUAUGUAUAGUGGGUGGUGGGUAUUGUGUUUUUAUUUCUGUAUUGUUUGAAUUUUUAUGUAUUAUUUUUGUAAUAAAAUUUUAAGAAUUGGGGCUGGA